CCUCUACCAGCAUGAGCGGCGGCGGCGGCGCCCCCCCCCCGCGGCGCUCCUUCGGGGCCCCGCCGCCCGUCAGCGCAGCUCAGGGGCUGCUGGCGGCGGCGGCUCGGGGAGCGGAGCGGGAGGAGUUGGCGGCCCUGAACGAUCGUUUCGCCGCUUUCCUGGAGCGUCUGCGGGCUCUGGAGCGGCAGAACAGGGUCCUUCGAGACGCGCUGGGCCGCGCCGCCGCCGCGCCGCGCACGGCCGGGCUGGUGCAGGAGGAGCUGCGGGGGCUGCGGGAGCGGCUGCAGCUCCUCGGCCGGGACCGGGACCGCCUCCAGACAGAGCGAGACGGGUUGGCCACUGACCUGGCUGCCCUGCGGCAGCGGCUGGAGGAUGAGACCCAGAAGCGGGAGGUUGUGGAGAAGAGCCUGGUGCUGUUCCGCAAGGACUUAGACCAUGCCACCUUGUCCCGCCUGGAGCUGGAGCGGAAGGUGGAGCUGCUGCUGGAUGAGAUCAGCUUCCUCAGGAAGCUGCACGAGGAGGAGCUGCGGGACCUGGAGGUGAGCACCCCAAGCCUGGUGCCACCAGUGGAGUUCUGCAAAUCGGAGCUCACAGUGGCGCUGCGGGAGAUCCGCACCCAGUACGAGAGCAUCGCCGUGAGGAACCUGCAGGAAGCCGAGGAGUGGUACAAGUCCAAGUUUGCAGACCUCUCGGAUUCAGCCAACCGCAACCAGGAGGCGCUGCGCUUGGCCAAGCAGGAGAUGAACGAGUCACGGCGGCAGAUCCAGAGCCUCACCAGCGAGGUGAAUGGGCUGAAGAGCAUGAAUGAGGUGCUGCAGCGGCAGAUGCAGGAGAUGGAGGCUGAGUUUGGGGAGGAGAUUGGGAGUUACCGGGAUGUGGUGGAGCAUUUGGAGCAGGAGCUGCGGCAGCUCAGGGAGCAGAUGGCGCGGCACCUCCGCAAGUACCAGGACCUGCUCAACAUCAAGAUGGCUCUGGACAUCGAGAUCGCCACAUACCGCAAGCUGCUGGAGGGUGAGGAGAGCAGGAUCACUGUCCCCCCGCACCGUCCAAUCUCCUUCAGCGGGAGAAGCUCAGUGCUGGAGCCUGUGCAGAGCCCAACUAGGAGGAUGGUGCUCAUCCAAACCAUUGAGACACGGGACAGGCAACAGGUGCUGACGGAGUCGCACAGACAGAGAGCAGAACCGGGACAGUGAUGGAGGGUCCGGGGAGGCUUCACCGGCUGCCCCCCCAUCCCAGCGGCACGAUGCAUCCGGUGCCUUGUGCCUUCCCCUAUUCAUUGCUGUUUAUGCCCCCCUCCCGCCCCUCGUCUGUAUUUAACCUUCACCGAGUGCACCCCGCCUCCGGGGGUCGCGGG